AUGGCUGAGAACGGAUCAACAUCCACAUCUUCCGCAAGUAAUCAUUUACCAAGGACGCAGUCUAGCUACUUCUUAGCACCAUACCAUCCUUGGCCUUAUCGCAUUUGCACAAUCCAGGUCCGUCCCAAGAAAGCUAAAACCACGUCAGUUUUGCCCAGUCGUUACACAGCCGCCGUCGCUCGAUAUUUAUCGCUCAAUAGCUUGAGGGAGAAAAGAAAGAAGAAGAAAAAAGGAGUAAAAGAGAGAAGCUGA